UAGGCAGUGUUGAUGUUUUGAGGCGUGUGUCACCUAACACACAGAGAAAGAGAGAGAGACUCUGCACUGAGGACAUUGUCUUUUACUUUUUUUCCUUUCUAGCUGCUGUGGACAAACACGUCCUUUAUCUUAUAAAGCUCAGAGGCGUGGCUUACGCUCUGCAGCAUGUCCGAAAGCUCGAGCGACACCGAGUCCUCAUGCGGCUGGACUGUUAUCAGCAACGAGGGCUCGGACAUCGAGACUCUGGGACACGACGUCGGGGUGGAUUACGAUCCAGAGGAGACGGCCGGAGCUUCUGCACCCGAGCUGCUUGUUUCUUCACUAGCCGAGGAUGCAGAUGUGGUGGAGGAAGCCUGUUUGGACGUCACGAUUAAAGCGGACGAGGCAGUGCUGGAAGCCAGGCCUGCGCGACAGGCUGUAAAGGAGACGGGUCUAGACGACCAUGUGCAUCUCUGCUCCUCCAGCGAUUACUCUGACAUCGUCACCCUCGGCGACACCCGGGAGGUGGAGCUCGGGGUGUGGGAGGAGCCUGUCGCUAGGGAGGAUGAGAUAACUGGGAUCGAGGAGCUCUACUUGGGGACGUCGUCAAGCAGCCAGUACACAUUCAGUGCCUCGGAGAUGAGUUUCCCAGCGGAUUGUGGCACACGCAGAGGCUCCAGCAGCUCCAGCACGGAGGACGAGGACGCCGAGACCAAGACCAGCCCGGGGGUGGUUCGGAGGCGCAGGGUGAAGAGGAACACGGCUGGCUCGGAGCCGGACGAACAGAAGGAGAAAGAGGAGGAUGGAGAUGGCGGUCAUGACGUGGAGGACGAGGCGGUGCUGGAUGCUGAGGAGCAGAGAGAAGCUCGUGUCCAUCACCAGCGACAGAACAGCGGAACCCUGAACAAGUGCAUUGUCCUCGCCCUCGUCGUAGCCAUCAGCAUGGGCUUUGGACAUUUCUACGGCACGGUGCAGGUCCAGGAAAGGCAUCGUCAGGUGGAGAAGACGCUAGUGACCGAGCUAAGUGACAUCGGCAAGGCUCAAAGGCAAGAUUUACUCUUACUGCUUCAGCAGGCCAAGACUGAGAUGGAUUCUCGUCAAAAGCACCUCACAUCCGAGAACCGGGCACUGAAGAGCACUCUGGAACGAGAGGAGGCAUCUCUCUUGAUCCUGCAGGACGAGCUACGGCGUCUCCGUACUCAGAUCCGUGAACUUGAGGAAAAAAGAGCCGAUGCUGACUCGAUCCUGUCUGAAAACCAACGCCUGAAAGACCACCUCCUUGUGGAGAAGCAGAGGAUCCAGGGCUACCUCAGCCAUAAGGAGGCACUUAUGGCAGAGGCUCAGGUUCUUCGAAAGGAGCUUGAUGAGGAAAGGAAAGUGACGGAUAAGCUAAGGAAGGAGCUGGAAGAGCUGAGCCAACAACAUCCUGGGAUGCAAGGGGAUGGCGCGGUCGAUCCCGGGACUCUAGAACUCCUGGCUCGACUUCAGGACCUGGAGAAGAAGCUGAGAUUUGAGCAGCAGCGAUCUGACCUGUGGGAACGACUGUAUGUGGAAUCAAAGGAAGACCGAGCCAAAGGGGACACUCAACCCAAGACCAAGAAAUCCAAAGAAGGGAUGCUCGGAAAGGUCAAGGCGACAUUUGAUGCCGUUAAGAACUCAACCAAAGAGUUCGUCCACCACCACAAAGAGCAGAUCAAGAAAGCCAAGGAAGCCGUCAAGGAGAACCUAAGGAAGUUUUCUGACUCUGUCAAAUCUACAUUUAGGCAUUUGAAGGACUCCACAUCUAAUGCAUUUGAGAGACUCAGAAGGCCACAGGACAAAAGAUUUAACGAGAGAAAAACGGAGCAGCAAGAAUUCCGGCAAGCCGGUUUCAAAGAAGAACAGAACACACGUUCAGCAGACGAACAUUGGCGACACCAUCGGCCCAUGCACCAACAUCCUCGAAAAUCCACAGUGGACUCUUCUUUCCAGGCAGACCGCAACACGCGUAAAACAAGUGCUCAUAAGCAGCAAAGCACCAUGGGAUGCAAAUCAGUGCCUAAAGGAUGCACUGGCGUCUUCGACUGCGCCUACCAAGAAUCCAUGAGCCUCUUCAACAAGGCCAUGGAGCCCAUAAGGGCGGACGAGUUCCACCAGCUCCUGCGCAGCUACCUGCAGCAGGAAGUGGGUCAUUUCCACCACUGGAGGGAGCUCGAUAGCUUCAUCAACAGCUUCUUCCGGAACGGACUCUUUAUUCAUGAUCAGAUGCUGUUCACGGACUUUGUCAGUGGAGUAGAAGACUACUUGGUGGACAUAGACGAGUACCAGGACGACGAUGUUGGCGUUUUUGAAGAUCUGGACGAUUACAUAUACAAGCACUUCUUCGGAGAGACUUUAUCAGGACAGAAUGGUCGUUACGGUCCAAGUCGACCUUUUGAAGGCAAACCGAAGGGGGAGUGCCAACAACAACUACACCAACAACAACAGCAUCAGCAGCAGCAGCAGCAACGAAAGAACCAGCAUUCACGUCCUUUGCCUCCUCGAGACAGGAAGUGGGCUCGGUCGGGGCGGAGCUCCGACAGACACUUUGCUGAAGUCAAAAUAGAGCUCGGGCCCAUGCCGUUCGAUCCGAAAUACUAGCAGACGUUUUUUUUAAUGUUAAUUGUUUCUAUUGUAGCUCUUAGAUUUGAAAAUGAGUGGCUGUUAUUGCGAGAAAAAAAGAAAAAAAAAUUAAUAAAAGGUGCAUUCAAGUUCAUGUCACCAUUCUAGCAACAUAAAUUACAAUAAAACUUAAACAUAUUCAGAAAUGAA